AAUAGGUAUAUAGAAACAGGUGUUUUAGCAUUAAGAUAUUUUUAGAAUAAAGUUUCUAUAAUUUUAAUUGUAACCCUAUUGUAAGUAUUUAUAUUACUUUUACACAUAUUACUUUUACAUUGUAGUUUGUGUUCCUUUCUAAAAAUAUAAGUUCAAAAGAUCUCGCGAGAAAAAUAAAAUUCACAAAAUAUAUGCUAUAUGUACAUAUGUAUACCUGUGUAUACUAACCUAACCUGUGUAUAACUGUGUAUCGUAUCAUUCUGUGAAUACUUGUUUAUUAUACUCCGUGUUUCUAGGUUAUCCAACUAAAAUAAAAGAACUUUUUAUUAAAAUAUAUUAAUUCUUAAAAUCCUGUAGAUGAGGAUGAAAUAAAUUCACAAUAUAAGAUAUAUUAAGCAAUUAAAUAUUGUAAUUAAUAAAAUUAUCGAUGAUAUUUAGGUUAGAAUAACCUAAAAAUACUUGAUAAUUUAAUAUAAAAAUUACAACUUUUAAGGUUUUAAAUAAAUUUUAAAACAAUGGACGACAGUCCAGUUAUGAAACGACCUAAACCAAGUGAUAGCGAAGAAGAAUUGUUUCGUAUGCAAGAAGAAUUUUUAAGAAAUAAGCAACAACCAUCAGCCAAAGUGAUUAAUUUAAGAAGAUCUGAAACAUUUUUAAAUACUAGUUCUGCUGUAGCUACUGACAGUCAAACAAAUUCUAACAAAAUAAGAUCAAAAUUUUCUGAAUCAAAAAGAUUAAGAAAUCGUGACAGGGUGUCUACUUCUCAAAGUAGUGGUGAUGUUAUAAAUCCUGCGAUUAAAGAAGAAGCUGGGAAAAAUCUCAACCCUGGAUUGAAGAAUUUUGUUCAUAAUAUGCAAAUAGCAUCUUCAUCGAUAAUAUUAGGAAAUAUCAUUGAAAAGAAAUAUGAUACAUGCGAGUAUGAAUUUGAUAAAAAGGAAUUUCUUUGUUCCAAUAAUGGUUUUCCUGAAGUCUUCGUGUCUAAAUACAUGAAAAAUGAUAAGAAUGGAAGUUUAUUUUUACAUGACAUUUCUCCUAAAAGCAUUGUUAGAAAUAAAAUAGAAAAAUCUGAAAAGAUUGAACCUUUAUGUAAUACAGAUAGUAGUGUUAUUGUAGAAGGAUCAUGGGCAAAUGAAAUACAUACAGAAAAUUUGGAACGAUUAAGCCAAAUGACUCAAGAGGAUAUCCUUAAAGAAAAAAGUAAACUUGAGAUGACUUUAAAGCCAGAAUUGAUACAAUUUUUAAAAAAUAGAAGGAAUAAAAAACAAAAAGUAAAUAAAGCUUCAGAAGACAAUAAAACAUCAAAUGGUAAAGUUCAAGAUCAAAAUGAAAAAUCUGUAAAUGCAAAAAAGUUAGUUGCAGAAGAAAUUCCUAAUAAAGAUCAUGAAGAUUUAGUCCAGAAUAAUGAUGUCGUACCAAUGCAGAUAGAUGAAUUAGAACAAGAUAUACCCAAACCUUCAAAAGAAUUGUUGCAACAAGCUAAAGAGAAGGGUUGGGUGCAUAUGGAUUCUCUCGAGCCUGAAAAAUUAAAAUGGAUGGAAAAUAUACCUGAAAAGAAAGAUGAACCUAUUCCAGAUGAACCAUACAAUGCUCGUUUUGACUUUAAUGGUGUAUUAUUAGCGUACAAAGACGACAAUGUACCUAUUGAAAAAGGUCUUCAUCAUCAUGGAGAGGAACCCGAACGUCCUGGUUAUUCUUUACAAGAAUUAUUGCAACUGAGUCGCUCAUCGGCACAACAGCAACGCUGUACAGCUCUUACAACAUUAGCAAAUAUUAUAGAAAAAAGUCGCAAGGGCUGGUAUGAUAAAGCAUUACAACCUGCACCAUUGACUGCAUUAAGUCAGAAAAAUCUUCUAUUACUAUUAAGAUUUUCUUUGGAUGAAACCUCAGUAGCUGUGAUCACAGCAACUUUACAAGCACUAAGAGCUUUCUUAUAUAGCGAAGCGGAUGAAGUCUGUUUGGACAGACUAUAUGGUUUCCGAAAUUAUAAAGAACCUGUUUUAGCAACACCAAAAACUGAUGUCGAUGAUAUAAGCAAUUUAAAAGAUCAUGAAUUAGUGCAACUAGAUGCAAUUGCUGCCUUAUUAAGAACUGACAUACUAUUAAGAAUUAGCUACAUUUUGAAUAAAAUACGACCACCACCUGUUGCUGUAACUUGUGCAUUAGAAAUUCUAAUUAGACUUGUAAGACAUUCGCCCAUUACUGUCUUAAAAAUGACAAAUUCUCCAAAUCUAUUGGAAACAAUAAUUGAGCAUUUUAUGCCUUUGUCUACAGAUGCAUUGGCAAUGACAGAUAAUUUAAAUAAUGUGUAUGGUGUACCAGUAGUGGCUGCAGUUAGAUUCUGUCGUAUCUUACUUUGUUAUGGAGGAAAAUCUGUUGCCAAAAAAUUAAAUAGUCUUAAAAUUAUGCAACGCAUUAUAUCAUACGCCAGUUGUGAUGCAGGGAAGGGAAGUUAUAAUCUUAUCAUCGAAAAUUUACGUUUGUGGAGAACAUUGUUAUUGCAUGAAGAAGCCAUGGAUAGUUUAACUGGAGCACAAUUAUUUCUUGUGUCACAGUUGCAGCUUCUGUUGAGUAAUCACGAUAUUCAAAGCGCAUCUGAAUUAUCUUGUGAAUAUGCAGCAGCUUUAAUUGCUGUUGCAAGUUGCUUGACGUCGCUAAAAGCAAAUAUAUCGGUCUUACUGUCCAAAUGGAGUACACAGCUACUAUCCUUAAGUAAUUUCACGUGGGGAAAUACGAAACUUAUCGCAGAAACGUUAUUAGCAGUUAGUGAUAGUACUGCGAUUAAAACAUUGAACAUAUCUCGAUCGCAAGUAUUUUCUAAACUUAAUUCUACUUCAAAUUUGUUAAGCGAUUGUUCUUUAGCUCUUGAGCGUGAGCCUUCUGCUUUGCCUCAUCUGGGAGUAUUAACCUAUGAAGGACAAGUGCAACAUAUUGUAUCUCACCAAUCUUGUAUGCCCUUUCUUGCAACAGCUUUAAAUGUAUUCAUUGAUCAUUCUUUCAUAGAAGAAAUUCAGGCAGUACUUAGUCUUCCACAAGUCUAUAGGUAUUUGAGAAGAUUAGAAACAACAGAUUGGUGUUUAGAGAGAUCAUGGUAUACAAGAUCUGAAUUGUCUUUUUUAGUUGCUAUAGUAAAUGCAACCACUUUUGUUAAGGAUAAAUUAGAUAAUAAAACAAUGGACAUUAUUUGGAAAAUUGCUAUUAAACUCGUGUCAUCUUUACCUGCCGAUUGUCCAUCCGAUGUAAAGAAGAUGCUUAGAGUUUCACUAGCAAAGGAAAAAUUAAAUUUGGAGAUAGUAACGAAUGAAUUAGAGAAAUUAAAUCUGAAUUCAAAUAUUGGAGAUAUUAAAUUGAAUUUAAGUCGUGAUAUAUCUGGUUUAUACGAACGGUAUAUAGAAUUAGACGGUAAAUGGGAUCAAGCGGCAAUGCCUAAAGAUUGGCUUUAUUUACCUAUUGUACAUAUUUAUACAAAAUGUAGAAAUAAUAAUGCAUGUAACGAUGAUGAUAAAGCUGUCAUCUUAGCCGUAUUGAGUUUAGAAUUAGUACUACCAGAUUUGGUUGAAAAAUUGUCACAAAGUUUGAGAUUUAGUAGAUUGGUACUUAUAUACCUGUGCGAGACGCUGUAUUUAAGUAACGAUGUUUCUGCUUUACUUACUAGAGCCGUGACAACUUUAUUAAAAGAUAAUUACAAGAAGCUUAAUUUUACAAUAGAUUUGCCAGGACUUAGUUCUUUUACCGAUUUGUUUACUGCGAUGUGUGAACAUUUUUGUUCAACUUCCUAUGGUGAUUAUGGUUUUUCAAUGACCUUAUUGGUACCAAUUGCGCAAAGGCACGAUGUUCAUUAUAGAAAAUUGUUAUGGUCGGAACAUGUAGGUUUGCUUCGAUAUGUUAGAUUACCAUUAGAACAAUUAGUUAUUCCGUUAAAAGAAUAUCUUUAUCCCCUUGAGGAAGAUACAUCUUUAAUAGAAAGUUAUAUAACAGCGCUUGUUAGGGGAAUUGUUAAACAAAGCUGGUGUCCUAUUCCUUAUACAAUUGCAUUACAUCAUUCUGCUAUGUACUUAAAACAAUCAAACAAAUUAGCGGUACGAAUGAGAACCCAAUUAGAAAAAAUACCCGAUAAAGUUUUGGCUACUCUUUUGUUAAAUUAUCAACAACCUACAUUUUAAAAUUUUAUUAUAAUUAAUGUUAUAGUAAAUUAUUAAUUUAAAGUCAGAAAAUAUAUGUAUAAUUUGUGAAA